AAAGUUGAUGACAAAAACAAGAUUGGAAAUUCCAAGACUGUCAUCAACCGUAUGUAUACAUAAGCAGCGGCCAGACUCGUCGUCAGUAUCAAGCACCGCUCGCUACCAUAAAGAUGGCAUUCACUCUUGGCUCAUUGGUCCUCCUUUGCGGGAUCAGCGGACUGCUGACUGGAGUCUGGUCCGCCACAAUUGUUCCUGUGAAAGGCAAUAACUGUCCAAAAGGCUGGACUCAGUUGGACUGUUACUGUUACAUCUAUGAAGAUGAGAGGAGAACUUUUGCUGAUGCCGAGAACGUCUGCAACAUUCUUGGUGGGAAUUUGGUCUCCAUUCACAGUGAUCUGGAAAAUGCGCUGGUUCUUGAACUGAGUGAGGCAGGUGGUGUAGCCCCGGGUGGUGGUAUCUGGAUUGGUCUCACUGAUGCAGUUUCGGAGGACGAUUUCAUGUGGACUGAUGGCUCAAAUGUGGACUUCACCAAUUUUUCUGGUGGAGAGGCCGGUGAUGAUGAUGGUGACUGUGUAGCGAUGGUUACAGAUACUGGAGAGUGGGUCGAUGACAUUUGCGCAAUACCGCUCCCGUACGUUUGCAUCAGGGAGACGUUCCGUCACUAAAUGUCUUGGCCUCCAAUAUUGCACUAUGCAUGAGUUCAGUGACUCAGCUUUAGUGUCGUCUUGAUAUUUUUGGGGUUACUUUUCUUCUCAUCUUCUUUCUCUUCUUUGGCGUUGUGGGGACAAAUAUUCAAUGAAUAAAGAACUAUCAGCAUCCA